AUGGCCUGCUACAACGCCUGCCGCUCCUGGGGACCCACCCCGCUGGCCAACAGCUGCAACGAGCCCUGUUCCCUGCAGUGCCAGGACUCCCGCGUCGUCAUCCAGCCUCCCGCCGUGCUGGUCACCCUGCCAGGACCCAUCCUCACCUCCCACCCCCAGAGCACCGCCGUCGGAUCCUCCUCAUCGGCUGCCGUGGGCAACGAACUCAGUGCCCAGGGAGUUGCCAUCAACUCCGGGGCCUUCGGCUACGGCAACGGCUAUGGCUUUGGAGGCCUGGGCUGCUUUGGCGGCAGAAGGGCUGGAUACAUCUGCUAAGGGCCCUCGCCACCACCCCUGACGGACACCACCUACCGCAUUGAAGCUACGCCAUGGAUUGUGGACUCACCUCUGGACCCUUCUUGCCACGUGGACCUGCUGUCCAUGGCUCUUCCUCUAAAGGAGCCACGAAGAUCUUGGUGCUCUGGCAAGAUCUAUGUCACAGAAGCAACCUCAGCUGAUGGUCACCCUACGUGCAGCAUAUACUUGUCACCGCCUACUUGGUGCUCCUGCCUUUUCACUCUUUUGUUUCCUCAAUAAAGGUCUCUUGCAUCCCAGCCUGAGACAUCUCGCUUUACUUUCUUCUCUCAAGGCUCUUCCAACCUCACCCAGCACAAAGCCAGGGCUCAAGAAGCAAACUGGACAGGGGGGAAAAG